AUGAUUUAUAAUUACAGUGUUAAGUCCGAUUCUGGUGCAAAAUUGAAAAACGUAGAGCUUUCUCCAUUAACAUUAUAUUGGUUUCCAUGUGAAUAUUUUUCAUGGAGACUUGUAUUUGACGCCAACCAACUAUCACAGAUCGGGACAAAGGCUCAGAUCCGGACUAUAAAAGAAAAGAUUCAGCAUAAGAAAUACGAUCCUGAUACGGAGAGCAAUGACAUCGCCUUGCUUAAGCUGAACAAGCCCAUCGUAUUUGAUGAAUACACUCAGCCAGCGAGUCUCCCUCCCAAAAAAGCCAUUCUGAGUAAAAUGGACGACUGCUUCAUCGCAGGCUGGGGUGUCCUCGAAGAAGAAUCCACCGAAUCGUUGGACGUCCUCCAGGAGGCUCCUGUGAAUAUGAUUCCAGUAGAAAGCUGCAACCGCCAGACCUGGAAUAACGGAGCUUUGGGUGACUACAACCUCUGUGCAGGACAUGAACAGGAAGGUAUCGAUUCCUGCCAGGGUGACAGUGGAGGGCCUCUGAUGUGCAAAAGACACAAAGCCAAGUUUUAUACUGUGGUCGGCAUUACCAGCUGGGGCUCCGGCUGUGCCCGGAAGCAAAAACCUGGAGUUUACACCUCGACCCAGUUCUACCUCGAGUGGAUCUCUGAACACAUCAGCGAGGGCAAGAAACCUGCAUCUAAAUCUCUGAAGAUGAAGGCCGUUAAAAAAAUCUGCCCAAAACAAAAAAAAAAUAAUCUGGCCAAUACUAGCUGA